UUGAACGAGUGUCCAUGUUGGUGAUCCUGCUGAACUGUGUGACACUGGGCAUGUUUCAUCCCUGCGAGGACAGCAACUGUGACUCUGAGAGGUGCAGGAUCCUGCAGGAUUUUGACGACUUCAUCUUUGCGUUCUUUGCCAUUGAGAUGGUGAUCAAGAUGGUGGCUCUGGGGAUUUUUGGCAAGAAGUGUUACCUUGGAGACACGUGGAACCGCUUGGACUUCUUCAUAGUAUUGGCUGGGAUGUUGGAGUACUCCCUCAACCUGCAGAAUGUCAGUUUUUCAGCGGUGAGGACGGUUCGCGUGCUGAGACCACUGAGAGCCAUCAACCGAGUGCCAAGUAUGCGUAUCCUGGUGACCCUGCUGCUGGACACCCUGCCCAUGCUGGGCAACGUGCUGCUGCUCUGCUUCUUUGUCUUCUUCAUAUUUGGCAUAGUGGGCGUCCAGCUGUGGGCCGGCCUGCUCAGAAACCGCUGCUUCGUGGACGACAACUUCUCCUUCCCUCUGUCUCUGAAGAUGCCUGACUACUACCACACUGAAAACGAUGAUGAGAACCCCUUCAUCUGCUCUCAGCGUCGAGACAACGGCAUGAGAGACUGCAGCUCAGUGCCCAAGCGGUACGAGGAGGGAGGCCUGCAGUGCAACCUGGACAUGUCCUCUUAUAACAGUACUGACAACACCACUUGUGUCAACUGGAACCAGUACUACACCAAGUGCUCUGCUGGUCAGUAUAACCCUUUCAAGGGAGCCAUCAACUUUGACAACAUCUGCUACGCCUGGAUUGCUAUCUUUCAGGUGAUCACUCUGGAGGGCUGGGUGGAUAUCAUGUACUUUGUGAUGGAUGCUCACUCCUUCUACAACUUCAUCUACUUCAUCCUACUCAUCAUUAUUGGCUCAUUCUUCAUGAUCAAUCUGUGCCUGGUGGUCAUCGCCACUCAGUUCUCAGAGACCAAGCAGAGGGAGAGCCAGCUGAUGAAGGAGCAGCGGGUGCGCUUCAUGUCCAACGCCAGCACUCUGGCCUCCCUCUCCGAGCCGGGCUCCUGCUACGAUGAGCUCCUCAAGUAUCUGGUUCACAUCAUCCGCAAGGGAGCCAAACAAGUGGCCCACAUCUGCAGGCUCUUGGCUCGCCGCGCCGGGCUCAACAUCGCCGCCUCGCCCCCGGCCUCGGACCCCCAGCGUAGCCAGAGUCAGAGGAGGAGGAGGAAGUCCUCCAGGCAGGGAUCUGUGUCUGUUCAUCACAUGGUGCACCAUCAUCAUCACCACCACCACCACUACCACCUGGGAAAUGGCAGUGUGAGGGGAGGAGGGGGCAUCCGGUGUAUGGAGGGUAGGGAUCUGGACAUCGGAGCUCAUAAUAACAACGGAGGGGCUCUUGUAGCAACUGGGAAUCUUGCUUUGGCGCCGUCCUCCUCUGUCACCGCAGCAACCUCUGAUUCAAACCUCGCCACUUUAUCCAGUCCUACUGCAGGAGCUGCCGAUUCAGCUUCAGUUCGCAGCAUAUUCAACAUGGAAACUCUUCGCUGUACCCCUUCGCCCACACGCAUGGGGCCAUCUCCAGGCUCCUUCUCCCUGGCCCCAGUUCCCAUGUCCAGGGCCAUGAAGAGGAACUCAGUCCCCUUUGUUGCUCCGGGUCCUAAAAACUAUCCCACCCUGCAGGCCCGAGCCCUAGCAGAGUCCAGACGAGGAAGUGUUGCAGCCAGCACUCUGACUAACAUCAACUUCAACCUCAAUAUCCCACCCAUGCCCCUGGAGAGACGGCCAUCGAGCCUGGUGGACACACACACUCCCACAGCCCAGCUCUCCUGCCAGCUGUCAGCGCGUGACCUCAGCACCACCAGCAGCGCCAUGGACACGGCUGCUUUGACCCUGGACCCUGAGAGCUGCCCCUACUGCGCCAAGGCCCUGGCCAAUGAAUCAGAGGGUGGCACAGAGGGCAACGAGACGCCCGGUGAUUCAGACAGCGAGGGUGUGUACGAGUUCACCCAGGACCUCCACCACAGAGACAGGAGAGACAGCCGGCAGCCCAAAAAGAAGCACCGCAGGCUGGGCAAGACAGCAGCGAAGGUUGUCCACUUCUGGAGGCUGGUGUGUGACACGUUCAGGAAGAUCGUGGACAGCAAGUACUUUGGACGAGGGAUUAUGAUCGCCAUCCUGAUCAAUACGCUGAGCAUGGGGAUCGAGUACCAUGAGCAGCCUGAUGAGCUGACCAAUGCGUUGGAGAUCAGUAACAUUGUGUUCACCAGCCUCUUCUCCCUGGAGAUGCUGUUGAAGGUUUUGGUCUAUGGGCCCUUUGGCUACAUCAAGAACCCUUACAACAUCUUUGAUGGCAUCAUCGUGGUCAUCAGUGUGUGGGAGAUCGUGGGUCAGCAGGGUGGCGGUCUGUCUGUGCUGAGGACCUUCCGGCUGAUGCGGGUGCUGAAGCUGGUGCGUUUCAUGCCGGCCCUGCAGAGGCAGCUGGUGGUGCUGAUGAAGACCAUGGACAACGUGGCCACCUUCUGCAUGCUGCUCAUGCUCUUUAUCUUCAUCUUCAGUAUCCUGGGGAUGCAUCUGUUUGGUUGUAAAUUUGGGUCGGAGAGGGAUGAAGACACUCUGCCAGACAGGAAGAACUUUGACUCUCUUCUCUGGGCCAUAGUGACUGUCUUCCAGAUCCUGACCCAGGAGGACUGGAACAAGGUGUUAUAUAAUGGCAUGGCCUCCACCUCUCCUGUAGCAGCCCUCUACUUCAUCGCACUCAUGACCUUUGGAAACUAUGUUCUCUUCAACUUGCUGGUGGCCAUCUUGGUUGAGGGUUUCCAGGCGGAGGAAGUGUCCAAGCGGGAGGACUUGCAUGCCCAGCUGAGCCUAAUUCAGCUGCCUGUAGACUCAGGGGGUGAUGCUUCUAAAUCGGGUUCGGAGAUCGAUUCCUUUGCACGAAGUAUGGAGGAUGUCAACGGCAGCAAAAAGGAUUUAUCGGCCUCUGCAGUAGUUCCUGUAAAUGGUCAUGUGGACCUGAAGACCAGCCUGACUCCACCUCUGAUUACCCACACGGCUGCCACCCCCAUGCCUGUACCCAAGCUGCCCGUUGGAGGUGACCCCAUCCUGGGCUAUGAGUCCCGUCGAGGCAGCAACGUCUCCAUAGACCCAGCCUGCUAUGACAAAUCACCGACCAGUGCCCGGAGCUCUUCUCCCUAUGCCCCGUGGAGCUCUGGAAGCGGCUGGACCAGCCGGCGAUCCAGCUACAACAGCCAGGGUCGCGCCCCAUCGCUCAAACGCCAGAAGCGGCAGUCCGGGGAGCGGCGCUCGCUCCUCUCUGGGGAGGGCGGCUCCAGCUCGGAAGAAGGGGAGGGUGGAGGGGAAGGAGGUGGGUUGAUGGAGGAUGAUGACACCUCUCUGGCCAGGACGGACUCCAUGUCGCAGUCACAGAGAGGUCCCCGACAUCGGAGGAUGGAGUCAGUGGAGACUCGGAGCUCCAUGGAUUUGCCACCUGAUGCUCUGCUACAGGUACCCUACCUGUACCGCUCAGCCAGUAUGCACAGCUCCAGACCCCCCUCUCUGGGCCACUUGCGGCCCACAGAGCACAGCGACUGCAAUGGAAAAGGCUCUCUAUCAGUUUUGGGGCCAACACACGUCUCAUUAGAAGACAACACCGAAGAUGAAAAUGCAGAGGAGGAGCCCAGCCUGGGUCGUUUUGCAAGAUUGUUCCGCUGGCUGGAGAAGAAGCAGCCAGAGUGGUGUCGACAGAGAGACACCUGGUCACUCUACCUCUUCCCUCCAGACUCCAGGUUUCGGAUCCUGUGUAAUAAGAUCAUCACCCACAAGAUGUUUGACCACAUUGUGCUGGUCAUCAUCUUCCUCAACUGCAUCACUAUCGCCAUGGAGAGGCCUCGCAUCGACCCCACCAGCGCUGAGCGGCUCUUCCUCACAUUGUCCAACUACAUCUUCACAGCGAUCUUCGUGGCUGAGAUGACUGUAAAGAUCGUAGCUCUGGGCUGGUGUUUCGGGGACAAGGCCUAUCUGAGGAGCAGCUGGAACAUCCUGGAUGGGAUGUUGGUGAUGAUUUCUGUUAUUGACAUCCUGGUGUCGCUCAUCUCCAACUCGGGCACCAAGAUUCUGGGCAUGCUCAGAGUGCUGAGGCUGCUGAGGACCCUGAGGCCGCUACGUGUGAUCAGCAGAGCCCCGGGGCUGAAGCUGGUGGUGGAGACCCUGAUGUCAUCACUGAAGCCCAUCGGCAACAUUGUGGUCAUCUGCUGCGCCUUCUUCAUUAUCUUUGGCAUCCUGGGAGUACAGCUCUUCAAGGGGAAGUUCUUCAAAUGUCAAGGAGAGAAUGUCACGCAUAUCAACAACAAGUCAGACUGCUUACAGGCCAACUACAAAUGGGUCAGACACAAGUACAACUUUGACAACCUGGGACAGGCCUUGAUGUCUCUUUUUGUCCUGGCGUCAAAAGACGGCUGGGUGGACAUUAUGUAUGACGGACUGGAUGCUGUAGGAGUCGACCAACAGCCAGUAAUGAACUACAACCCAUGGAUGCUGCUGUACUUCAUCUCUUUCCUGCUGAUUGUGGCCUUCUUCGUGCUCAACAUGUUCGUGGGCGUGGUGGUGGAGAACUUCCACAAGUGCCGGCGCCACCAGGAGGCCGAGGAGGCCAAGCGCAGGGAGGAGAAGAAGCGGAAACGCAAGGAGAAAAAGAGACGGAGUAAGGAGAAGGAGCUGGCUGAAGCUCAGAGUAAGCCCUACUACUCCGAUUACUCCCCCACCCGUCUGCUCAUCCACAAGAUGUGCACUAGCCACUACCUGGACCUGUUCAUCACCAUCGUCAUAGGGCUCAAUGUCAUCACCAUGUCCAUGGAGCACUACCAGCAGCCCAAGGAGUUGGAUGAGGCACUGAAGAUCUGUAACUACAUCUUCACCCUCAUCUUUGUUCUGGAGUCCGUCUUCAAGCUGGUGGCCUUCGGUUUUCGACGAUUCUUCAAGGACAAGUGGAACCAGCUGGAUCUGGCCAUCGUGCUGCUGUCUAUCAUGGGCAUCACUCUGGAGGAGAUUGAGGUCAACGCUUCACUGCCCAUCAACCCCACCAUUAUCCGCAUCAUGAGAGUGCUGAGAAUCGCACGAGUAUUGAAGCUCUUGAAGAUGGCAGUGGGGAUGAGAGCUUUACUGGACACCGUUAUGCAAGCCCUGCCUCAGGUGGGGAAUCUGGGUCUUCUCUUCAUGCUUCUCUUCUUUAUCUUUGCAGCGCUGGGAGUGGAGCUGUUUGGUGACUUGAUUUGUGAUGAGCUCCACCCAUGCGAGGGUUUGGGGCGCUAUGCCACAUUUAAAAACUUUGGGAUGGCAUUUCUGCUGCUUUUCAGAGUUUCCACUGGAGACAACUGGAAUGGCAUAAUGAAGGACACAUUAAGAGACUGCGCCCAUGACACCAGCAGCACCUGCUACAACACCGUGGUCUCUCCCAUCUACUUCGUCUCCUUCGUCUUGACUGCCCAGUUUGUCCUGGUCAAUGUUGUCAUCGCAGUCCUGAUGAAGCAUCUGGAGGAGAGCAACAAGGAGGCCAAGGAGGCAGAGAUGGAGAUGGAGGCUCAAGAGUUGGAACUGGAGCUCCAGAUGGACGGUGGAGACAUGGCAACGAGAUCGCCCCAGCUAAACCCUCUGGCACUGGGCAUGGACAGGUCAAGUUCUGGUGGGUCACCUUGGAGGUCCACUGGAGGAGGGGACAGGGAGCAAGAAAGGGAUGGUCCUAUGGACUCGCCCACUGCUGACAUAACCAGAGACUCUGUAAACAUCAGAGCAGAUGCCCCUUCAUGCCUGGACCCCCCACUGGAGCCGGAGCAGCUCGAUCCCGGGGAGCCACUGGGGGACAACCUGCUGAGCGUCAGGAAACCCACAGUGGGACGCACACACUCCCUGCCCAACGACAGCUACAUGUUCUUCCCCCUGCAGCCCUUUGGCCCCACAGCCCCAGCUCCAGCACAGCUUCUAGCACAGACACAGGGGCCCCAGCACAUACUGGGUACUCAUAGGUCCCAAUCAGGCUCCAGUGCCUCGGUGCGUUCACAACCGGAGGAGUUUUCCCAGCAGCUGACCAUUCCCACAGACCUCCUCAGACCCAUCAGCCCCCACAGCCACUCAGACUCGGAGAGUAUACCACAACUACCCCUUCCCAGACGCACACACACACUAAGCCGCACGCUCCGCAGACAGGUUGCAGUGUCUACUGAUUCUCAGGAGGCCCUGUGUUCAGACGGAGGGGAGAGCAGUGAAGGACUUGUGAAUGUGGCCUCUCUGGGUCUCCCUCCAUCUCCCUCCUCCACCCCCUCCCCAACCCCUCCCUCACCCUGCUCCCAUCAUCAUCAGCAGCCUGCUCUCUGCCUGGUCCCCGCCACUCCAGGUGCCUCCCCUAAGCCCUCGCGCCCUGGCAGCGUGCACACCCAGCACCACGACCAGCACUGUCUCGCCUCCUACUUCCCUUCCUCCUCCUCCUCCUCCUCCUCCUGCUCACCCUCCUCACCUCCCCCACCCUUACCAGCCAGGCCACACCAACAGGAGGAGGCCUCAGUGGAUCAGGAAGUGUCCCUCAUUACCUGUGUGGGAUUGGCUGGCAGUGAUGAUGUCAUGGCAGAGGACAGUGGGGAUUUUAAUGAGGGUUACAGCUCCUACGCAGGCUGCCAGGAGAGUCGGAGUCCGUAUCUGAGGCAGCUGAAGAGGUUCCACAGUGCUGACACCCAGGGCCGCAGCACCCUCCUGCCCCGCCCCCGUCCUUCCUCCUGGUUGGACGACCCUCGACGCCACUCUGUAGAAGUAUGCCCCUCGGUGGAGUCCAGCCCCCAGCGCAGCACCACCUCCACCUCCUCCGGUUUUGUGUCGCAGGCCGACAGCCUGCAGAUCCACACUCAGACCUCGCUGCCCUCACCUCGACGCAAGAAGAAGAUGAGCCCGCCCUGCAUCUCUGUAGACCCCCCUGACGGACUGGAGCCUCAGUCUGGCCUCUACCCGGGCCUGGGUGGGCUUGGGGGGUUAGGCAUGCCCCCUCCUCUGCCCAGCCGGGACACCUGCCUGAGGAGGAGAGCGCCCUCCAGUGACUCCAAGGACUCCUUUGACCUGGGAGUUGGAGAGGGUUCGGGACAGGACGGAGGCUCGCCAAACCCCAACACCAACCCCAAGCUAUUGACUCUUCCCAGUUUCUCCUUUGAGAAGACAAGCUCUGAGCACUGAACACUGAUACUCCAACACACACAGACACACACACGCACACAGCCGGACGAACCCUCCACACACACAAACACACGAUGCACUCUGUGUGUCUGUGAUGGUGAUAGUUCUAGUAAUAAUGCUGUAGAGAGUAAUAAUGGUAAAACUACAACAAACAGUAAAAACAUCCUUGGUUUCAUAAGGAGUGCAGUACUGUAGUAGUGUGACCAUCCCUUGUCUUUGUAUUGUUACUGCCAAAACAACCAGAGAAGAAGAGAACAUCGUGAAACAACAAACCUGACUGUCUCUCUUCUGCUAUGCCUGCAUGCCACUGGCUGCAGCUCGACCCCGUAACCUCUGGAGUGACAUCAGCACCUGAGAUUUGGCGCCCUCUGUGGUCGCCAUCUGAACUGCCUGGUGUUGCACAGGGUGGACUUUGCCCAGUCAGUGGAGGUACAAAGCAAUAUGAACGUUUUAGAGACACUAUUUUCUUAAAUUAUUGGGCCAUAGUGUUUGUACAGGAUGUUGUUUUUUAAUUUCAUUUGAUUGUUAUUUUCAUGUCUUUUUUGUGAUUUUCUUUUUUUGUCAGAAAUAGUUUGUCUUUGUCUUUUUUUUCACUGUAGGAUAUUUCUAGCUUUCUUGGUUUACUGAGGAAAGUGAACGUUUUUCAAAGUGCUGAAAACCAUGUAUUUGUAGGAAUAAUAUAUAAAUAUAUAUAUAAAAAACAAGUCAUUAAAAUGAGUUUGGAUUUUUAAGCACACGCAUUAGACCGUGGUGAGUUGAUUGUUAGAGGAAAAAGGAAGCUGCACUUGAAGUUUUUUCAUGGAUUGCUUGAUUCUCUUGUGUGUCCCACACAGCCCCAGAACCCGGUCAUGCAGGUUAUGAAGAACUAUUUGAGAAAAACAACAAUUUAAAAUCGAUCAUUCACUUGUUUUUUUUUGCCUGACUUUAGUCUGACUUCUGACUAGAAUGUGACAACUUUUCACGUUCAAGUGCGUGUGUGUGUGUGUGUGUGUGCAAGCAUGUGUGUGUGCGUGCGUGCAUGUAUAUGUGUGAACAACCAGGCAGCAGCAGAGUUACAUCCCUCUGGACAGAGAUUGAUGUCCAUCUCUCACAUUUCAUCUCUGAGUGAAGAGUGGACGCUGCAGGCACAUGACACUAAGGUCGCUCAGACACACAGGCGUAAUAAAUCUGUCCUCAUGAGACAGAGCUGAUCUUUCCACCAACAUCUGAGUAAAGUUAAGUAAAGUGUAAGAAUGAAGUGUAAAGGUAAGUAAAAUGUUAAUGGUUUGCAUUACACAGCCAUUAACAGUCAUGUUAAUACAAUGACAACACAUAAGUAGCAAAGCCAUCUCUGCUGCACACUUCCUGCUCACCAUGAUCACUGUCGCAGUGAAAGUGAGGUGAAACAGUUACUGUGGGGAAUAUAUAUAUAUAUAUAUAUAUAUAU